UAAUCCAUAUUUUUGGCGGUGACAUCUUUAUUGUGUAGAUGAAAUAAAAUUCCCUACUCUCUCCUCCCUGAUCUAAAAUCAUCGAAACAAACGCGCCUUCCACCAUCUCGAUUCGCCAUUUUUGCUACCUUCAUCAACUACUUCACACCUCACUAAUCGCAAAAUAUGUCUCUCAAUCUUCGGCAAAAACAAACAGAAUGUAUAAUCAGAAUGUUGAAUCUGAAUCAACCAGUGAAUUCAUCAACUGGAAAAGCAAAUGAAGAAGUCUACAAGAUCUUGAUCUACGACAAAUCUUCUCAAAAUAUUCUCUCUCCUCUUAUCAAUGUCAAAGACUUACGUAAUCAUGGCGUCACUCUCUACUUCCUCAUUGACAAACCUCGAAAACCUAUCCCUGACGUUCCUGCAGUUUACUUCAUUCGUCCAACUCCUUCAAACCUUCAACGCGUCGUUUCAGAUGCUGCUGUACCUCUAUACGAGACGUUUCAUCUCAAUUUCUCUUCCUCAAUCCCUCGCAAUUUGCUGGAGGAUCUUGCAUCUGGACUCCUUAAAUCGAACGACGCCGUUUCUAGGGUUUCCAAGGUACACGAUCAGUACUUGGAUUUUGUUACGUUAGAGGAUAAUUUGUUUUCUCUUGCUUAUAGUAAUUGUUAUGUGCAAUUGAAUGAUCCUAAAGCUGAACAGAAGGAAAUUGAGGAGAUUAUUGAGAAAAUUGUAGAUGGAUUGUUCUGUGUUUUAGCUACAUUGUCUGUUGUGCCGGUUAUUAGGUGUCCGCAGGGCGGGGCCGCUGAAAUGGUGGCGUCUGCCUUGGAUCAGAGGCUUAGGGACCAUUUGUUGGCUAAGAACAAUUUGUUUAGUGAGGGUGGAAAUUUCUCCUCGUCGUUUCAAAGGCCGGUGUUGUGUUUGUUUGAUAGGAAUUUUGAGUUGGCGAUGGGGAUUCAGCAUGAUUUUAGGUAUAAGCCGCUUGUUCAUGAUGUGCUUGGCUUGAAGCUUAAUAGGGUGAGUGUGCAGGGCGAGAAGGGUGGGAUGAAGUCGUUUGAAUUGGAUGGGUUGGAUUCGUUUUGGGUGGCUAAUGGUGGGUUGGAGUUUCCGGAGGUGGCAGUUGAGAUUGAGAAUCAGUUGAAUAAGUAUAAGAAGGAUGUGGAUGAGGUGAAUAGGCGGACUGGUGGUUCAGGCGGGGCGGAGUUUGAUGGAACGGAUUUGAUUGGGAACACAAAGCAUUUGAUGAGUGCGGUCAACUCGUUGCCUAAGUUGACGGAGCGCAAGCAAGUGAUUGAUAAGCAUACUAAUAUUGCGACUGUGUUGUUGGGUGAGAUCAAGGAGAGGUCACUUGAUUCUUACGCUAAGAAAGAGUAUGACAUGAUGGCUAGGGGUAGUAUUGAUUGGAAUGAGUUACUGGGUGUGCUUACAGGGAAGGGGUCCAAGAUGGACAAGCUUCGGUUUGCCAUUAUGUAUCUUAUUUCUCUGGAGACUGUUCCGCAAUCUGAAGCAGAAAUGGUGGAAACAAAACUCAGGGAAGCUGAGGUUGAUACCAGUGCAUUUCAAUAUGUGAAGAAGAUCAAGUCUUUGAAUGUUCCAUUGACUUCUGUUAGCUCUGCUAGUAGAGGUAACAUAGUUGACUGGGCUGGGAAUCUCUUGGCUGCUGGGAUGAAAAAUCUGUUGUCAGGUGACCGGCAGCUAGCUUUGGCGAGGACAGUUGAAGCUUUGAUGGAAGGGAGACCUAACCCAGAGGUUGAGUCCUACCUGCUAUUUGAUCCUCGUGCUCCUAAGUCUAGUUCUGGUAGCCAUCUCAGAGGACCUUUCAAGGAGGCUAUUGUGUUCAUGAUUGGGGGUGGGAACUACAUGGAAAACGCAAGCCUGCAAGAGCUUGCAUCUCGUCAGCAACCAGCCAAGCAUAUUAUAUAUGGAACAACAGAGAUUCUCACUGGAGCUGAGUUUGUUGAGCAGCUUGCUUUGUUAGGAAAGAAGAUGGGAUUGGGUGCUGACUCUGCUCCUGCAGCACAUUGACAGAGCAUGAGGAAUUCUUCUGCUUUUCUGAAAGCUGUUUUAUUGGGUUGGUAUCUUUGCCAUCCUUUGCCAGGGGAAUUUGAAGUGAAUGAGAACGCAGAGGAUUUUCUGAAGCAUCAGUCCUUAUUGAAUUAUUGAAGAUAUAGGGAAACAAGUUGGUAGUUUGUAAAAGUAAGUACAUCUUUGCUCCUGAAUACUCUUCAGUCUUCAGUAUUAAGUUCUUCUGGUGCCUUUGAGUGCUGAAAUAUUACAUGUCAUUAAUUUCUCUUCUUGCUAUCUACAUCGUUUUUCGUGUAUACUUUAUAUAGGGAAUACGUCUUGAUACAAGUAAUUUUCAGUGCUUUGACAA